AUGCCGCGCAAGGCAGAGUCCCCGCUCGAAGGGGGAACGCCGACAAAGCGCAGGCGACUUGCAGACGAUGACGAUGACAUUGUCUCGCCUUUACGCUCAAAGACGCCAGCAGCCAAAGUCAUCAAGCACACACCAACAGUCGCGACGCCGACGGUGACCGGUACACCUGCCUCACGCAAGUCUUCGGCCAAACGCGUCGCCGACAGCCUCGUCGCGGCGCAGGGUCAAGCAGAGACACCGACCAUCGCUCCCAAGCGUCGUGGUCGCCCGCCCAAGAACCCGCCUACUGCUACAGCUACACCAGCAGCUCCCUUGCCCUCGUUUGACGACGACGUGUUUGGUACGCCUGAGCCGAUCCCUGUCAAGCGUCCCAGAGGACGACCUCCCAAGAACCCCCAGGCCGCUGCUGUCGCAGCAGCAGGGCCAUCCACCAAUGGCGACGCGGUUGUCGUCACUCCCAAGAAGAGGGGACGGCCACCAAAGAACCCACAACCUGCCGCACCGGCCGCCGACGGCAUCGCUGAAGUCGUCGUGACACCAAAGAAGCGGGGUCGCCCACCCAAGAAGCCCCAGGUUGCUGUCUCUGAACCCAAGUUUGAACUUGGCACUGCAUCACCAGUGGUGACUCCCAAGAAGAGAGGUCGCCCACCCAAGAACCCUCUGGCCGUUGUCUCUGAACCCAAGUUUGAGCUUGGUACGGCAUCGCCAGUCGUGACUCCGAAGAAGCGAGGCCGUCCACCCAAAAACCCGCAAGCGGUCGCUUCGCCAGCUCCAAUUCCUACAGCUGACAACCUGGAAGUGGUCAUCACCCCCAAGAGGCGAGGACGUCCGCCCAAGUCUGCCCAGCUCAACAAACCCGCCCCCUUGCCCUCAUUCGAUGACGAAGCCCUCAAUGCUGCAGACGACGCAAUCUCGCAAGAAGCCUUCCUCGCCAACGAAGCCCGCAGGCGUGCACGCGAAGCGAGGAACUUUACCUUCGAGGGUGACGCGAGUGCGCCGAGGCAGACGCGUAGUGGACGCGUGGUGGACAAGAAGAUUGUUGACGAGUAUGGCGCGGACGAGGUGGAGGUCGACGAGGGUAGGGACGAGGACCAGGCGGCCGAAGAGGACAACCGUGGAGAGGACAUGGACGUCGACGAUGACAUCCCCCGACCCGAGGACGACGACCUGGUGAUCACCGAUGCGCCAGCGCAGCUUGAACGUGAGGCAACAGUAGACACUGCUGCGUCCGUGGCUCCCCUCCCGUCUCACGCACGUCCACACGUCCUGCGUAUCCUUUCGACUUUGACUGGCAGCGAAAAGGAGCCAGCACCGUUUGUGGACGAAGAAGGAAACGAGGCGCUGCAGGGGCUCGUCUCGCUGUUGCGCGGUACCGUCGAACGCGGAGAGGGCAACAGCGCGCUCGUUACUGGUCCUCGUGGCGUUGGAAAGUCAAAGACUGUUGCCCGCGCGCUGCGGCUCCUUCCUUCGUCUUCGGGAUCAGCACCCAUCAUUGUUCGCCUAUCAGGCCACGCGCAGACCGACGACCGCCGUGCGAUUCGUGAAAUGGGCCGCCAGAUCGCCGUAGCGGAGGGCAAGAAUGUUGACGAUGACGAGGACGAAGACGAGUUGGCCGGCGAUUUCGCCCCUACCACCUUGCCAAGCCACCUCCUCGCUCUCCUCACCAGCCCCUCACCACGCGCUAUCAUUGUCAUUAUCGACGAAUUCGACCUGUUUACGGAACACGCGCGCCAAGCACUGCUCUACUGCCUCCUCGAUGUCGUACAGAGCGUCCAGACUGGCCCUGUGGAGACGACGCCGCGUGGACUCGCGGUUGUUGGCAUUACGUCCAGAGUCGAUACCCUUCUGCUGCUUGAGAAACGCGUGAAGUCGCGCUUUUCUCACCGCGUGUGGCGCGUCAACUCGCCGCUGGCACCGAACGGUCCUGGGUGGAAACCCACCAUGCGCCGGGCCCUUGUACCAUGGGAGAGCGACAAUGCCGAUACUGUAGCCUUUGACAAUGAUACACGCAAUUGGAUGGGCGACUGGGAGUAUGCUGUUGACACCCUACUUGGCAGUCCCAAGAUCACUGCCUCCCUCGACCGCCUCGCGGGACUGACCACCGACGUGCGCCAACUCUACCGCCCUUUCAUCCAGCCCAUCACGUCCGUGCUCGGCAACAAGACCGACUACCUCUUUGUCCCCGUCCUCGUUUCCUCUGUCCAGUCCCAGAUCGAGCUGGCAGGGUGGGGCACUGGCACCGCGGGCGCGUCCAAACUCAAGGGCCUCAGCCAUCCGGCAUUGGGCGUGCUCAUCGUGGCCAAGCACCUGGCAUAUGCCGGACGCACAGACUUCUCCCUCGCCCAGAUCGAGGACGAGUACCUCCGUUUCGGGCGUACCCGCCUCGUCGGCAGUGGACGCGCCCGGUGGCCGAUUGAUGUCCUCCGUCGCGGCUUCGAUACGUGUCUCUCUUUGGGACUGCUGGCUCCUGCUGGACCGGCGAACGCCGUGCCGAGGUUCGCCAAAGUGCGUUCGUCACUCAGUCCGCAUGAGGUCGUGGCAUUCUUCCGUGGUGAGGGUGGCAACACCCUGGGCCCAGAGCUGGUUGGGUGGGGUAAGAUGUCUGGCGGACAUGUGUAG